CCCACACACACCCCUCUUUUUUCUGAGUUGGAUGGCUCUGCUCAGAUAGAGAGAGCGAGAGGUUGCAAAGGAGAAUUAGAGACAGAAAGCAAGGAAUGGAAUGGAAAGGAAGCUUCUUCUAACCAGAAACAGAGACUGCUGAGGUUUUGUAUGAAAUCUGUGGGACAACACUAGUUCUUUAUUUCUCUGAAGCAAGACAGAGAUGCCAUCUAGCUGGUUCUUCUUAUUCUUAGCUAUUGAAGUGAAUGCUCUUCAUGCUGCUUCAGGAACUCAGGAUUUUGGAUUUGGAAUUGCAUGUCCUCUUGGCUAUUUCCCUUGUGGGAAUAUCACAAAAUGUUUGCCUCAGCCCCUCCACUGCAAUGGGAUAGAUGACUGUGGGAAUCAUGCAGACGAAGAGAACUGUGGUGAUAACAGCGGAUGGUCUCAGCAACUGGAUGCAAUUUAUGAUAAAAGGGCUUUCCAAUUUUCCUUGGACUUGGAAACAGAUGAAUGCUUGGUUGGUUCUGUGCCAAUAGAAUGUUUGUGCCAUGGUUUAGAGCUUGACUGCGAUGGUGCUGGUUUGCUCGUCAUUCCUUCGGUCUCUUCUAAUGUAACGAUGAUGUCCCUACAAGGGAAUCAGCUGAGAAAACUUAUUGCCAAUGUUUUCAAAAAAUACCAGGAUCUUCAAUACCUGUACCUUCAAAAUAAUAAUAUAAGUUUUGUGUCAGGACAUGCUUUCAGGGGUCUCUACAAUCUGACAAAGCUAUAUCUGAGUCACAACAAGAUAACGUUUUUGAAACCCCACGUCUUUGAAGAUCUACAUAAACUUGAAUGGCUGAUAAUUGAAAACAAUACAAUAAAAUGUGUCUCACCACUAACCUUUUAUGGGCUGAACUCACUAAUUCUCCUAGUUCUGAUGAACAAUUCUCUUGCCCAGUUGCCUGAUAAACACCUUUGUCAACAUAUGCCAAGGAUAAACUGGCUGGACUUUGAAGGCAACCAUAUCCACAAUUUCAGGAAUGUCACUUUCAUCUCCUGUAGGAGUUUAACAGUCCUCGUUUUGAGAAGAAACAAAAUCAGCUCUGUAAAUGAAAAUAGCUUCUCUGCUCUUCAGAGAUUAGCUGAACUAGACUUGGCUGACAACAAGAUCGAAUCGCUUCCUCAACACCUAUUUAAGGAUCUGAAAGAACUCUCACAGCUAAAUCUUUCAUACAAUCCAAUCCAGAAAAUAGAAGCAAACCAGUUCGAUUAUCUUAUUAAACUCAAUUCACUAAGCCUAGAAGGCAUUGAAAUUACAAAUAUCCAAAGAAGAAUGUUCAGCCCACUUAAAGAUCUUUCCCAUAUAUAUUUCAAAAAAUUUCAAUAUUGUGGCUAUGCUCCCCAUGUACGCAGCUGCAAACCCAACACUGACGGAAUCUCCUCCUUUGAGAACCUCUUGGCCAGCAUUAUACAGAGAGUAUUUGUCUGGGUUGUGUCUGCUGUCACUUGCUUCGGAAACAUCUUUGUCAUCUGCAUGCGGCCUUACAUUCAGUCGGAGAACAAACUCCAUGCUCUGUUGAUAAUGUCACUCUGCUGUGCAGAUUGCCUCAUGGGAAUAUACUUGUUUAUGAUUGGAGCCUUUGACCUGAAAUAUCGUGGGGAGUACAAUAAGCAUGCUCAGUUGUGGAUGGACAGUAUCCACUGUCAGCUGGUGGGAUCGCUGGCUGUUCUAUCUACAGAAGUAUCCGUUUUAUUGCUAACCUACCUGACUUUGGAAAAAUACAUCUGCAUAGUUUACCCAUUUAGAUUCUUGAAGCCAGGAAAAUAUAGGACAAUUUCCAUAAUAGUUCUCAUCUGGAUGGUAGGGUUUGCAGUUGCUUUUAUUCCACUGAGCAAUAAGGAUUUUUUCCAUAACUACUAUGGCACGAAUGGUGUCUGUUUCCCUCUCCACUCUGAGCAGUCUGAAAGUACUGGAGGUCAGAUUUAUUCUGUCAUAAUUUUCCUAGGUGUAAAUUUGGUAGCGUUUAUCAUCAUAGUAUUCUCCUAUGGAAGUAUGUUUUAUAGCGUCCAUCAGACAGCAAUUACCGCAAUGGAAAUCCAGAAUCAUGUGAAGAAAGAGAUGACCCUUGCCAAACGCUUUUUCUUCAUCGUAUUUACUGAUGCACUAUGUUGGAUACCCAUAUUUACACUAAAAUUGCUUUCCUUACUUCAAGUAGAAAUUCCAGGUUCUAUAACUUCCUGGGUUGUGAUUUUUAUAUUACCAAUAAAUAGUGCCUUGAACCCUCUUCUCUAUACAUUAACCACGAGGCCUUUCAAGGAAAUGAUUAAUCAAGUUUGGCACAAUUACAAACAAAGAAGAUCCUUGGGAGGCAAAAACAGCCAGAAAAUGUAUGGUCCAUCAUUUAUCUGGGUAGAGAUGUGGCCUGCAGAAGAUACCUCACCAGAGUUGACAAAUCCUGCCAAUUUUACAGAUUCCUCUGAGAGUUACAUAAGUUGACAUUCAGCAAGCCUGAAUAUAUACGCAUGAAAAUGAUUCAGAACAAGUUAAAUGCAUUAAGACUUGCACACUCAGCACUGUCAUCUUGAAGAUCCUGCCACAUAAAGCUGCAAAGAAACAGAACCCUUGCUCCAGGCCAUGGAAUCAUUUUUAAGCAUGACAAAAGACAAACUACAGUACUGAGCUACCAUGACAUGCAACUAUUAACAACCUUUAGAAGAACUAGCCAUAUGGAGCAGAGGUUGGAAUUAAUGGGGGAAAUGCUUAUCCUGGUGAAUUUGCAUUGUGGAAUUGAUGAGGAAAUAGAAAGUGAAAGAAACAUGGUCAGAAUCUAAGGACUACUUUAUAUCUUUCGACAGUUCUAAAACUGUGGUAACAGUUAUUCUCAGUGACCAGUAUUAUAUCUAACCUGUAGGCAGUAUUAUCUAAAACACCAACACAAAAACUGAAGUGUCACAAGUUAUUUAAUAUUUAUAAAUAGAACUGGGCUACUUUAGUUCUGCAAGUCUGAAAACAGUCCGUUUCCUUGCAGUACAGUUUAAUAUGGGAGACAGCAUUUUCUGUUUCCAAAUUUGCAAGGUGAAGGAGCAAAUAUAGGAAUGGCAAUGAGAGAUUUCAUAGAUGUUUGCACUGGAUUUCUUAAAGGAUUAAAGAAUAGAACUUGUAUAGUUGCACUUCAAUGUUUACAGAUUUUUGGAUUAUCUUGAACUUGGCUGAAAAGAAUGUUAUUUUAUAUCUAGUUUUUACUAAUAUUUAUGUAAAUAUGUUGUUGUGUUUGCAAAUGAAGCACUGCCUGAGGAAACAUGAUUCAAUAACAUUUAAAGCGUGUUUAAACUAUAUAUUCAUACACAGCUUUUUAUGCUUAGCUUUACUACUGUAUAUGUGGAGAUUUGGAGUUCAUUAAUGUAAAAUAGAGUUGUAUUUCUAAGUACAGUAACACUGUCUUAUUCAUUCAUUAAAUACAUAUCUAUUCAACCCUUCAUUGAAAAAUGAUGUGACAAAGCAGAGUGCAGUAAUGAACAGGAAAACAAUUAUUUACAAUAAAAUCAUCAAAGCUAUUAAAAUAUCACAAUAAAAUCAACAUAAAAUAAAAUAAGGAAACAGACCUUAAGUCUCAUCAGUUCGUAGAUCUCCUGCUUAACACAGUCCCCUACAAAAGCCUGGUUGAAGAGGUAUGUUUUCAGCUGGCUACAAACAGUACCCACUGUUAGCACUAGCACGGAACAAGGGUCGCCACAGAAAACGUCCAAUUCCAGCUCAUGACAGUAUCCUUGUGCAAUCAGCUCGACCACAAUGUCCUCUCCUAUAGAUUUUAAUGCAUAGGCAGGUUGGUAUAAUGACAGGUGCUCUUCAGCUACUGUAUUUGGAUCCCCAGUCAUCAAGGCCUUUUAAUGUUAGUCAACACCAUCAAUUGGACCAAGUAACACUGAAGAGCCUUCCUGGGUUCUGGGUGGCUGCAUUUUGCAGACCAUCUACAAGAGUAGCUCCAGAUAGAAUGCAUUACAAUAGUCCAACUAGGAAAUUACCCAAACGUAAUUACUGGGGCUAGGCUAACACAGUCCAGGAACAGUCAUAGCUGGUGAGUGAGCCACUGAUGUGACCUGAACAACCAAGUGACAAUGCUGGAUCCAGGACUAUCCCAGGCUAUAUAUCUAAUCCCUUGGGGGAGUGGUUUUCAGUUGCCCAUGCCUUAAAAUCUGUGUAAGAGCCACAUCAAAGCCCUGCUUGGAUGCUCAUCUACAAUGAGUUAUGUCAAUAGACAGUGGUCUGUUUUGAAACUCAAAUCUGCAUGAAGCUAGGCAGGUUCCAUCCCCCAACACCUCUAAAUAAUUAUAUUUUUACUACUGCUUUGAAUGGCUAGUUUUUGUCUGUUUUCUAGAUAUGGGUGUUAGCUGAUGCUGGUUUUAGUAAUAUUUUUUACUAUUUUAAAGCAUCUGUUUUUAAAAGUGCACAAUAGUUUAUCUGUGUAUAUUUUUGUAAGUUGCCUUGGGAAACAUUUUGUUGGAAAUCGGUCUAUUUUUUUAAAUAAAAAAUUAAUAAAGUUUGUUGAGUUAACUAGAACUGAAGGUAUUCAGAGCAAGUUAUUCAAAACAGAAAAUUGUGAAAGAAUUAUGUAUCUUUCACUUCUGAAAGCGAUAAAUUCUGGAUUUUUUCU